AUGAUUCGCGCGCUUUUCUCGAAUCGAACCACAUAUCUUGGAGAAUCUAGCCCAGUGCCAUCGUGCAUGGUACGGUAUGAUCGGAGACUGUGGACCGCUGUCUGUCAAUGCAGUGAUUUACGUUCGGGCCACGAUUAUGACGAUCAACAGCUGAUCGCAAUUGAUGCUCGACAUGCAUUCGACAUUCCACAUGCUCACACGGCAGUGCCCUAUAAUCAAUUAUUCCCAUAG